CCAGAUCCUUCUACAACAUUAUAUCAUUUGUUUAAUUCAAUAUGGCUAAUUACCAAUUAUAGCAAUGCAACGUCAGGUUGCUUGCUCUGUUUACGCGUUACCAUUGGUAACUCAUCGGUCAUGCGAUACUCGUUUUGGAGUCGCCUUCGGUUCGUCGUGCGCUCGGUCCCCCGGUAAUUAUAGAGAACAGGUACAUCCUCUCCGAUUUCGAUGAUUUUUAAAUAUGUUGUAGAAAUCAACAUUUUGAACAACUUGUUUCUAUACAUAUAACCGUCGCUUGGCCUUAGUUUCCGAGAUAUUUGUAAAAUACCAUUGCUGCUACACAAUGAAUAUUGCGUAUAGCUACGCGUUUGUGGCACUGUAUGUGUAGGCGUUCAGUCGUCGACUGUUUAGGCUCGGAAUACACGUACGCGUCUGAGUCUGUUGCUACGGUUACUAUGAAUGCGAAUUCGGACGAAAAUAUGUUCGGACGAGUUCUGACGAAUUCGUCUGAACAAACAAACGCCUAUUUUUCAAUGAGAGUGUUUACACUAGCAACGAAAAACAUGUCAGAACAUUUACAACGGCGUCAGAACUAGUUGAUAGUUUGAUUUUUUCGUGCGUCCUGCGUCUAUUCUUUCAGUCAGUACGUUUCUGCCGCCCAGCAAAGGUGGACGGACUUGAUGAAUUUUAUUUUCUUGAAAGUCCGUUAAUGAAGUUAAUGUUGUUGAAUGAUGGUAAAAUAGAGCAUGUCAACGGGUUAUUUUCUAGUAGAGACGACAAAGGAGAGUUUAAAAUGUUAUUUCAAGAAUUGUGGGAGCAACCGGAAAAGUUUUUCGAGUAUUUCAGAAUGAGACCAGCAGCAUUUGAAUAUAUACUGAAGGAGAUAGAGGAAAGAAUCACAAAGUUCUCCAAUGUUCAUGUAUGUAUUUCGGCAAAACAAAGACUGGCUGUAAUAUUAAGAUUUCUAUCAAAUGGGAUGUCAUUUCGAGUACUAAGCUUCUCCUACAAAAUUUCACACUGUGCUAUUCGAAACAUGGUUUACGAAACAUGCCAAGCUAUAUGGGAGUGCUUCUGCGGUAUACAUAUGUCUUUGCCUACUACAGAGGAAUGGAAAACCAUCGCGAGUGAUUUUUACAACAAAUGGAAUUUCACCAAUUGCAUCGGUUGUAUAGACGGGAAACAUAUUCGCAUGAAAUGCCCCAAACAAACAGGAUCGAUAUAUUACAACUAUAAGGGCUUUUAUUCUAUUGUAUUGCAGGGAAUAGCUAAUGCAAAUUACAAGUUCAUUGCUAUUGAAGUUGGGGCUUACGCACCCUUUGUUCUAUUGGGUAAUGAUGCAUAUCCUUUGAAAAGAUAUCUAUUAAAACCGUACUCACGACAAAGGCUUACUGCUGAAGAAAAAAUUUUUAAUUAU